AACAAUUCAUGGCCAUAAUGAGAGCAACCACUGUGGAAGGAGUGUCUCUGUGACGAUGGCCUUAUGGAUUGUUUGGCUCUUCCAGAUUAUUGGGUCGUCUGCUUCUGAAAAUUCCUCAGAUGGCGCUAUGGUGUGGCGCGUGUCUGUCCCAGAACAUCAUCUCCUGUGUCUGCCCUGUGGACCCAGUCUGGAGAACAACCAAGACUUCAGCUGGACUCACGGGGUUCAGGAGGUCCCCCCUCACCCUCGAGACCAAGACCCGGAUCAAAACCAGGAUCAAAACCAGGAUCAAGACCAGGAUCAAGACCAGGACCACUGGAGGUUCAGUGUGAGAUCCAACGGGACCCUGUGCCUCCUGAGUCUGCGGACUUCAGACAGCGGAGUGUACUUCUGCAACGGAGAACUGAGAGCCCAGCUGCAGGUCCUGUCAGGUGAGGUGUUCUGUGUUCGGGUCGGCUGGACUCUGCUGCUCCCCUGCUCCUCCUCCUUCAUCAAAUCUCGGCAGCGCUGGUCCUGGAGAAAGUCCCAGUCCGGGUCUCAGUCCGGAUCUAGGUCCAGAUGGGAGCCCGUCCUGAGCCGGUCCAAAGGGGGCGCUGUGGUGCUGGAGAGACCGGACCCUCGACUCGGCUUUGAACAUGGAGCUUUGAGCAUUUCAUCUGUGCAAGUCCACGAUGCCGGAGAAUAUCGCUGCAACUCCCAACGCCUGGGAACUGUCCAAGUGCUGCCAGAGAUGGGACCGACCUCCUCCUCGCCUCACAGCAGCUCAGCGCCCUCUAGAGGCACAGAUUUUGCAGAGGAAAAGAGGAAAGAGAAGACACCAGAAAACGUUUUCCUGAUGGGCGUGGUCUGUCUGAGCCUGAUGGUCCUGCUCACCUCUUCUGUUUGUGUUUUCCUCCUCGCUGUGAAGUGUCGGAGGAAGAGACGCAGAAGGAAAGAGAAACAGAGUCCUGAGUCGACUGAGCUGCAUCCGUGGACCACAGCCCUGAAACCAGACGAGGAGAGUGAGCCGGAGUGUCCAAGCCCGGAGGAGGAGGCUGAAGAUGGGAUACACUACGCCUCCCUGGGCCGCCCCACCUGGAAGCACCGCCCUGCCCCGACCACCGGGGGCAGCCAGGAGCACAGGGUCAUCUACUCCACCAUCUGCACCAAAUGAUCACAUGUUCAUAUUUAAAGUCUCUGUACCUGUUUUUGUUUGUUUGUUUGUUUUUGUUUUCUGUCUUAAAUACAUGAAAAAACAAAUUAGUUCAUUUUAAAGAGUUUGCAGUGGUCCAGAGUUUUUCACUUCCCUUAUGCCUUACCUUAGAAUAGAUUCAGAAGAAUAGAAUAGAAUGGAACAGAAUAGAAAGCCUUUAUUGUCAUUAUACAGUAUAAUGAAAUUCAGAGCUGCUCUGUCAAAGUGCAAGAAUUAAUUAAUAAAUAAAACUAAUGAACAGUU